GGUGGUGUCCCCCUCAACUCAUCGAUUUCGACCAUUCCCAGACACGGAAGGGAAGAAGCUUGCCAGCAACCUGAAGACGAUUCGGCAACGAUGCACAGCCUGCGUGGGAUAAACCCCGCUAAAGGUGAUGGGAUGCAGUCUGAAAAAGACACGUUCUACCUCCCAAAGUCUGGUUUGGGAGUUUCACUGCCCAUUGAAGGCAGGAGCGGUGAGAGUUCUGUGCGUAGCGGUGGGACUGGAGAUGCCACGAGCGACAUAGGGACGUCUGGUCGAUCAGAACUUGACCGAGAUUUAUUGGAACUUGACGUGAACUCCUUGCGGCUUGAUGAGCGUAUUGCAAUUGCCGAAUGGGGUGCCUAUAUGCGACAAUUUCCAUCGCCUUCUAUCUUGCAGGGGAAGGUUACUCCAACAGACAUCAAGUCAUACAAGGUCCCGACUGGUUUCGCCACCGACGUGUCCGAUGUCCGUCAAGCAUUCCAAGCUCUAGACGGCGGUCUCAGCGUUGUCACCCGAGGGGCAGGGUUGUGGGGCCCUCUACAGGUCGCUGCUUAUGAUCCUGAUGGGGACCAAGUUCUUAUCCGGCUACCUGGUGACGGUUACGAUGUUUUUUAUCGGUUCCAGGAUGCAGCUGCCAUUGCCCACAGGGAAGAGGACCGCUGGCACCUGCUCUGUUUCACCUGUUCGGCAACGAUCAGAUAGACCUGCCUGACGAGGAGGAUGAUCUCCAGACCACUGCAAUCAGGGUGGAUCAAGUUAUCGCAGACCGGGCGCUUCGUUACGACAUAGAUGCUCUGGACGCAAUCAACGCAGUGACAAGGCAAAAGGCGCAAGAGCGUCUCGGCAUUCGAGGAAGUCUAUGAUACCCCUGUCCGCCACGAGUGGAGGGAAUGCGACCUCAGGCCGACGCCUGCUGACAAUCGACUCUCUAGCAGCUCUGGAACGACGCGGAUUCAUUCCGCGAGGGUGGCGAGGGUGGAUGAGGACAAAUGGCUGGAGACCUACAGUUGUCUGAAGGAGUGCCGACCCGCAGGCCUGUCCCAUUCUCUCCAGCAGACGCGUGCAAGAGCUUUACCUAGUUUCAAUCGAGCUAUAAUACUAGCACACGGUAACAAGGAUACGUUGGAAUAAAUAUAUUCAC